AUGGCCUUCCAGUAUACGUAUGCAAUCGUGAGCAAGGUUCCAGAGUCAUUUGCAGCCUUUCGGGAGGACAGGAACGACGAUACUUUCAACCCGCGGGAGGCAUUUGUUAACGCACAAGAUGAAUGCACUGAAUUCGUGGAAACACUCAGGAGUAUCGGGGUGGAUAUACUUGAACUCAAAGCGGAGGAACGUCAUCCGGAAUGCGUGAAGGUCGAUGACACGGCCGUUGUCAUUAACGGCACAGCACUCAUGUGCAACCCUUAUGGCCCUCAUAGACAAGGAGAGGUGAAUUUGAUACGACAGACUUUAAAGAAAGAAGUAGGUGUGAAAGUUGUGGAGUUGAACACGGAAAAUUCACAAGUGGAGGGGAGCGAUGUCUUGUUCACUGGGCAAGAGAUAAUCGUGGGGAUUUCCAACCACACAAACGAGGAUGGAGCGCAAGCCGUGGCUCGUGCAUUCCCUGAGUACGCAACGUCCAUGGUUCAGGUCCGCGCACCGUUUCGUUCACUUAAGGACGCCGUUGGUGUAGCAGGGAUUAAUGUACUUGCUGUUGGUGACAGUGAUGCCUCACGACGCAUGUUGAACGACAUUCGUAGAGUCGCCUCCUAUACUUACAAGAUUAUUACACUUCCGGAGGAUAUCGCCGCCAAUGUGUUGUAUGUCAACCAAUAUCUGCUGCACUUAUCUCCAGAUUUGAUACCAAAAAGUAUUGGGGUAUUCGAGAACAAAAUCGAUUACAAUAGGCAGCCAUGUCACAUCCCGAGCCUUCUUUCCGCAGGCGUGCCCUUAUCCAAACUGGCUUUGUUUGUCGGCCCAUUCCGUCGUCAACGCAAUAUCAUCUCUACUAUACCUUAA